GUGGAGAGGGCAGUCUCCUUAGACCGGACAUUUUGUGGGCGCUGCGAGCCGGCUCCCCUCCGAGGCAGCACGCCCCUCCGGCCGGCAUGAGGCCAGCGGGGGAGCCCUGCUCCUGGGCCGCCCCUUUUGUGUAGCGGAGGGUCCUCUCUCCGUCCCCUUCCGCUGGGGUCCCUCCCUUUGCAGACCCCCUUUCAGCUCCGCCUGAGACCAAGAUGGCAACGCCGGUGGCGGCGGCGGCGGCUGCAGCGGUGGUCAAUCCUCCAGAAAUGGCAUCAGACAUACCUGGAUCAGUGACAUUGCCAGUGGCUCCAAUGGCUGCGGGGCAAGUAAGAAUGGCAGGAUCCAUGCCUGCUCGAGGAGGAAAGAGACGCUCGGGAAUGGACUUUGAUGAUGAAGAUGGUGAAGGACCCAGCAAAUUUUCAAGGUAUGAUGAUCAAAUCUCUGGUGAUAAGGAAAAAUAUGCAAGGGAGAACCAUAGUGAGAUCGAGAGACGCAGGAGGAACAAGAUGACCCAGUACAUCACCGAGCUCUCUGACAUGGUGCCCACCUGCAGCGCUUUGGCGCGCAAACCUGACAAGCUGACCAUUCUCCGCAUGGCAGUGUCACACAUGAAGUCUAUGAGGGGCACUGGGAACAAAUCUACCGAUGGAGCAUAUAAGCCUUCUUUCCUAACUGAGCAGGAGCUGAAACACCUCAUCCUCGAAGCUGCAGAUGGUUUUCUCUUUGUUGUAGCUUCUGAAACAGGCCGAGUGAUCUAUGUGUCUGAUUCUGUUACUCCUGUUCUGAACCAGCCACAGUCUGAGUGGUUUGGCAGCACCCUCUAUGAGCAGGUUCAUCCCGAUGAUGUGGAGAAGUUGAGGGAGCAGCUCUGCACCUCUGAGAAUUCAAUGACAGGGAGGAUUCUGGAUUUGAAGACGGGGACAGUAAAAAAAGAAGGCCAGCAGUCCUCAAUGAGAAUGUGUAUGGGAUCAAGGCGUUCAUUCAUCUGUAGAAUGAGGUGUGGAAAUGCCCCACUAGAUCACUUACCUCUGAACAGAAUAACUACCAUGCGAAAAAGAUACAGGAAUGGCCUUGGCCCAGUGAAAGAAGGGGAAGCCCAGUAUGCAGUAGUCCACUGUACUGGUUACAUCAAGGCCUGGCCUCCGGCAGGUAAAAUAGGAAUGACUAUACCGGAAGAAGAUGCUGAGGUGGGACAGGGCAGCAAAUAUUGUCUGGUGGCGAUAGGAAGACUCCAGGUGACCAGUUCUCCAGUGUGCAUGGACAUGAAUGGCAUGUCGGUCCCCACAGAAUUCUUAUCUAGGCACAACUCAGAUGGAAUCAUCACCUUUGUUGACCCAAGAUGCAUCAGUGUUAUUGGCUACCAACCUCAGGAUCUUUUGGGGAAAGACAUUUUAGAAUUCUGCCAUCCAGAAGAUCAAAGCCAUUUGAGGGAGAGCUUCCAACAGGUUGUGAAACUGAAAGGCCAGGUGCUGUCUGUGAUGUAUCGUUUCCGUAUCAAGAACCGGGAAUGGAUGUUAAUCAGGACGAGCAGCUUCACUUUUCAGAAUCCUUAUUCAGAUGAGAUUGAGUACAUCAUAUGCACCAACACGAAUGUAAAGCAACUUCAGCAGCAACAGGCUGAACUUGAAGUACACCAGAGAGAUGGACUGUCAUCCUAUGACUUAUCUCAGGUGCCCGUUCCAAGUAUACAAUCAAAUGUUCAUGAGGGUGGGAAGCCAGUAGAGAAGCCUGAUGCCAUCUUCACCCAAGAGAGGGAUCCAAGAUUUGCUGAGAUGUUUGCUGGCAUAACUACUGCAGAUAAAAAGAUGAUGCCUUCAGCAUCAACUGGAGGAAACCAACAGAUUUACUCUCAAGGGAGCCCUUUCCAGCCAGGACAUUCUGGAAAAUCUUUCAGCUCAUCUGUGGUCCAUGUGCCUGGAGUCAACGACAUUCAGUCUUCAUCAUCAACAAGCCAAAACUUGACACAGAUAUCGCGACAGCUAAAUCAGAGCCAAGUGGCCUGGACAGGGAGUCGACCUCCAUUCCCCGGACAGCAAAUUCCUUCACAAUCUGGCAAGGCUCAGUCUUCUCCCUUUGCGAUUGGAACCAGCCAUACUUAUCCCGCUGAUCCAGCAUCCUACAGCCCCCUGUCUAGUCCUGCCACAUCUUCUCCAAGUGGGAAUGCCUAUUCCAGCCUAGCUAACAGAACCACGGGAUUUGCUGAGAGUAGCCAAAGCAGUGGACAGUUUCAAGGGAGGCCUUCAGAGGUGUGGUCCCAGUGGCAAAGCCAGCAUCAUAACCAGCAGAACAGUGAGCAGCACCCACAUCAGCAAACAAGCCAGACAGAAGUAUUCCAGGAUAUGUUACCUAUUCCAGGCGAUCCAACGCAGGGGACUGGCAAUUACAACAUUGAAGAUUUUGCUGAUCUGGGCAUGUUUCCUCCAUUUUCUGAAUAAAUUCAUCUAGCUAGAUAACCUCUAAAAGAAUGUUCUGGGGAAUGAGGAGAACCCACACUGGUGUAGGUUUGGCUCUGUUUUCUCUGUGUUAACUUAUCAUAGAAGUAUUAAACAAGACGUAUCCAUUCUCAUCUUUUAGAGAAUAACCUGCUGUCCUUCCAAAUGCUGACCAUGCAAGUUCUAAUGAAAUAAUUAAUACUACCUGGUUGGGGUUCAUGUAAGGAUUCAUUUUGUAUCUCAUUCCCAUUUACAGUAGAGG